ACAGAACCCUGAACCGGCCGCCUGUGGCGUUAUCCCCUUCCCAUCCCCUGGCUCUCAAUUCCCGAUCCCCUUUCUUGCUGCUAUCAAAUUCAUCAAUUGUAUCCAGAUAUGUGAUGAACUGAUAUUCGAUCGAGCAGAGGGAGUUGAGGAUCGUAGCAGAGUUUCCAGCAGCUGAUCUCCCAUGUACUAGUGGUCGACCGAUCGCCAGAAGACGUGAUGAGUGACACGAAGCGCCAUCGCUCCGAGGAGAGCUAUAAGGAGGAGGAGGAGGAGGAGGAGGAGAGCGACACCAAGGACGGCGACAAGGCUGACUCCUCCUCGUCCGAGACCGUCCCCAAGGAGCACCGCACCAAGGCGCAGAAUGAUCCGAGUGCUCGAGCGGGCGGUGCCCGGGCGCCGAGUGACGACCCGAAGUCGACUUCCCGGGUUCCAGCCCCCAGCACGAAGCACAUUGCCACCAAGCCUCGCAAGGCUUCCAUGCCGAAGAUCAAGGUGGUGGUGCAGGUGGCUUCGACCAAUGAGACAUCGACGACCUCAUUGGAUACGAACGCCUCCAAGCAAGGCCAAACAGAGGGUGAUGCCGUGGACACCGCCACCUCCAAAGCGCCGACUGAGAAGAUCCAACAGGACGACGACGACAAGGCCAGCCUGCUGAACCCGAAGGUUGACAUGAGGGAGACGACUGGCACCGACGUAGCCAUGCGCAACACCUCGCCGAGCCGAGUGGACAGCGUUUCUCCUGCCAAGGCUGUCGCGAAACCUGCAUGUCCGAGUCCUCUGGCUCAGGCAGGCUUAGAGCUCGUGACUACAGUCUCGGCAUCCAGGCCCGCGCUCGUGCCGCACCUGAUCCCCGUUACCGCCUUCACACUGCAUAGGGUCCCAGAGGACCAGGUGGGUGCGAGCAAGGAGGUCUUGAUCCAGGUGAAGCUAAUGAAUGAGUGGCUAGGCGUAUAACGCCAGCGAGGCACUACAGAUCAAUGUCCGAACGUCUUAUGAGCUCGGUGCCCCCUACGCCAUGUUGGAAAGGAGGUGUUGCAGCUCCGAGUGGACCUGGAAGCUGAGAAGCACAAGAAUGAGUGCCUCGAGAAGGAGAAGCGUGCCUUAGGAGGCCAAGACCAAGACCAAGGCCGCCGAGGACAAGUUGGCAUCAGUCAGGAAGCUUGAAGAGGAGAACAAAACUCUGAAGGAUGCUGCUGCAGUGGCCGGGCAUGAGAUCUCCGAGCUCAAAAAGCAGUAUGCCAAGUGGGAGACGAAGUGUACCACUCAGGCGAGUGCCUUUGAGCAGGAGAAGAAGACUUUGGACGAGAAGGUCAUCCAACUCCUCAAGAAGAAAGCAGCCCUUGAGCAGUACAUUGAAGACUUCAGCGAGGAGAUGAACGCGAAGCUCGCAGAAUACUACCCCAGCGUGGAGCUGGAGACUGAAAGGAUCGAGAGAGAUAUCUAGACCCUACAAGGUUGCAUUGCUCGUCAACGACAAGGCUGCCCUGGCCAUCCUUCGUUGGAAGAUCGUCUCGACAAUGCCCUGGGGUACAUCACUUGGCUGAGGGGCGCGAUGGGAAGGAUCGACAAGGAGCUGCAGCCAGAGGGGGCCGCCUAGAAUGAUCUGGAAUCGAUGAUGGCCCAUCUGAACGAGAUUCCCCGCCGAGUGCAGGCAUGCAAGAAAUCAGCAGCCUGCUGCGAAGCCGAUGUUGCAAUCUCGUUCAUCGGUGUCCACUACAAGGACGUGAAUGAAGAGAAGCUGAAGUCCCUCAAGGUCGCUAACACGAAGAAACUCAAGUUUGAGGACUUCAUGGAGACGUUCAUUGAAGCCACCACUCGGAUCGCAGACGGUGUCGACUUGGACACCUUUGCCGGUCCAGCCAAUCCUCGGCCCGAUGUGUAAUCGAAAACUCUUAGUCCCGGAUGAAUUUGCCUUUGUAUGUGAUACGUCUCCAACGUAUCUAUAAUUUUUAAUUGUUUCAUGCUAUAAUAGUAUCAAUCUUGGAUGUUUUAUAUGCAAUUACAAGCAAUUAUAUAUCAUAUUUUGGGACUAACCUAUUAACUUACUGCCUAGUGCCAGUUGUGUUUUUUGCCUGUUUUUGGUUUUUCAGAAUAUCAGUACCAAACGAAGUCGAAAUGACAUGAAACUUUUUGGAGAUUUUUUUCUAUACAAAAGAGGUGCUAAAGGAACAACUGCAGCGGGCUCAAACAAGGAUCAAACGAUCAGAAUAGUCUGAAAGAGUAUAUCUGUAGUUACAGCCAAAUGCAGCAGCUUGGGGACAAGAUGCGUCUUCAGGGAACCUGUCAGCACUACGGUGCAAGCGCUGACGGAUACAAGUGAGGGGGCAAACAGCUGCCAUGGCAGCGGUUCAGAGAAGGAUGCCAUGGCAGCAGAGAUCGACUGCCUGGGCAAGGAUUCAGAGACAAGCAGCGACAGUGGCCGAAGAAAGGCGGAGCGUAGCUGGCCAGUGGGCCCGGGUGACAGCUGGAAAGUAGCUAGUGUGUGCGUGAGCGGUGGGUUAUAACUUAUAAACCGCAGACGUCUCCUGUAUCAGUUUAUUGAAGAAAUGAAAUAGAAACUAUUUUUUGUAA